GAGUUGUAAAUGCCGGUCCGACCUUUUUUUAUUUUUAUUUUUAUUUUUUUUACCUCUACUAGCUAGAGGCAGGUAUGUCAUAACCCGCCUUGCCGCGUCCGAUGCUAUCCUAUCGAGUAUGCACAUAUACGCGUAGAUGCGUAGAUGUAUAGGUAUGAGUAUAUCGGUGUUAUACCUACGUGUAUACAGGUAUCCAAGGUAUACAUUUAAGAUGCUCGCACGCGUAUGCCUUCAUACCAGCGAGACGGGAAAACUCGGCACGCGCAUACGCAUUCCACUUUCGCCUCCUGCAAAUCCUAACCCAGACAAUCACCACUUUGGUAAUCUCCAAUUCCCCAUUUCCGGGGCAAAUUGUUCAAUCCCAACUCCCAUCAUCCCGCCGCCUGACGAAUCUCCAACACCUCCAUUCGACUGUGGUUACCCCCGCGGAUCAACACAUCCAAGGUCCGUUCUGGCUGGAUUUCUCGUUCCAGGUUGUCGUGCCUGCUCCUGCACCGACCGCCCAGGUACUCUUCAUACAUAUUACACCUACAUACCUACCUCUCUACUUGCAUACAUACGUACAUACCGACUGAACUUCUCCCCCUGCAUGGGUCUCCGCCUGGGCCCUAGCUUGCUAGAACACCGCCUCAUCGGCCUCGGCGUUGACCGCUAGCGAAACCUGCGGGUCUAUCUCAGCCCGUGUCUGCGUGCCUCCCGAUUCGGCUGCCUUCUGGCGUGGUCACGUUAUGCCAUCCUUUUAUGCCAACAUCUAACUGCUCUAUCUAUAAAAAAAGGGGCAAUUCAAGACUACCCGUCCAUCGUGACUUAUAUCCGGAAAUGGUAUUCGAGGCGGAAGAGUUUGUCGAAGGUUCCCCCUGCCUGGUAGAAGACACAUCCGGUGCUAGAUGGACGCCUCUCUUCAGGAAGAGCUGUGGGUUCGAUUCCCAAAUUUUCCUUAAGGUAAUGAUGAAUUUCAUCCGCAACCCGAAUAUCAAUUCCAGUUGGCUGUUCCGGGCCGACAUAUUGGUGGAGCGUGACCUAAGCCGGCAGGCGUCCGUCGAACCCACCGCUGCUCAGCCAACAGUUGCCAUCAUUCUCUCUUUCAAGGGCAUGCACCUGGAUAAGGCCCUGGUACGAAAGCUUAUCCCAAGAAAUACCGUAAGGGACCAACCCUUAGACCAGACCUGUCUGGUUUACCAUGGUAACGGGCCGGGCGGCGUGGAGAGAUCUAUGGUGGUUUACAAGCCUCACGUCUCCUCCCCGGCUGGUAUGCCCUUCUACCAUCCCGCGGUGCGAGGCAUCGCGUUUCUUCACGAACGGAGCACCGAGACCGAUGAAGGCACCGUCUCCAUACACUAUCACUUUUUUGACGAUGUAGACCGCCCACCGAAGUUGACGAGAACAGGUCUCAACCUCCUAGCGAUGCUCCACAAGCACGGAGAAGGGACUAAGGCAGGGUAUGUCAAGCGGGUUCACCAUGACACCAUCAUCCCCCAAAUCUCUCUCCAGACAACGUAUACUCGCCUGAAGCAGAGCUAUGCCCGACAGUUGAUCAAGAGUUGGGUCGAGGUCACGGACCCUUCAAAGCAUGUAUUUGAAGACUUGUGUAUCGCAGCCUUUCUUAUCGAGCUUUGGGCUCAGAUGUACCGAGAUUCACCUUUCCCCGGCUUUGUCGACAUCGGGUGUGGCAAUGGACUCCUCGUCUACAUCCUCCAAGCGGAGGGCUACUCGGGAUGGGGUUUUGACGCGCGGGAACGCAAGUCGUGGGAGAAUUACUCUACCCCCUGCGAGGACGACGUAUCUGGGUGUAAACGGAGCCUCCGGCAGCACGUCCUACUCCCAUCCGUCCUCAACCAACAUCCAAAUACGGACGCAGACGCGCAGAGUGCCAGCGGUCUAGAUAGCCCGGAUAUCCUUCACGAUGGUUUAUUUCCACAAGGGACUUUCAUCAUCUCUAACCAUGCGGACGAGCUAACACCGUGGACACCGAUACUAGCAACGGUGUCGGAUUGCCCAUUCAUCGUCAUACCGUGUUGCAGCCAUGACCUAUCUGGCGCCAGGUUCAGAGCGCCAGCGCCAAGGGUGCAGAACACAUCGCGGUCAGCGUACUCGUCGCUCGUGGAAUGGGUGAAAGGCAUCGCAACAGACUGCGGUUGGGAGGUAGAGACGGAGAUGCUGAGGAUACCAAGUACGAGGAAUACGGGCUUAAUAGGCAGGAAGAGGACAUGCGAGUCUUCGUCCGUCAACGUGCAGCAAAUCCUAGCCAAGUAUGGUGGCGCCGAAGGAUACGCAGAGAACGUGAUGAAGCUCACGAGCACCAUCCCGAGAGGACACUAAACGGCACAUGUGAGCUUAAGAAGAAGACAGAAUAUAGUAAGAGUAAAAAAGACCAAAUCUAACGUCGCAACAUAUAGGUAUUGAUCUUAGGUAAUAUAUUCAAUGCUCGGUGUAGAAUGGGACGCAUUUUCAGGGGGUGCAUUGCAUCUACGGAGCAUAUGACAUAAGGUUAUAGAGGUAAAAUGCGGCUUGAGAGAUCGGAUCACGUGAUGGUGGCUGACGUCCCCGUAACAACGCUUCUCACGUACAGGGCUAGACAAGGGAAAUGUGCUGG